AGUUAUUGUCAAUCGUAUUACCUCGCCGGUAUCUCUUACGUGUCGAUCAGUCUCGAUUAACCGCGAGAUCGAUCGGAUAAAUGCGGCGUCCUCAUGGCUUCAGGUCGUCGUUGCCGAUAACGAGUCGCGACCGCGAGUCGGCGAGCUGAGGAAAAUACGCGCGCGCGUGUGUGUGUGCGUGCGUCGUGCUGUGUGUGCUGCAUCGCGGAACGUGUCGCGCGCGGACGACGUGUCGAUCGGCGGCACGCGCACGACGGCUCGUCCUCUUGAUAUGCCUGGAGCGCAUCGCUCGCGGGAUCGUCGACGUACGCUAUAUACUUCCUCCUAGCUCUCGUUAACGAUUCGAAUCUACGUCGGCGGGGAAUAUGGCGACGAUGGACGGCGAGACGAAGCUCGACAUGUACGACGAUGUCGCGUACACUGUCGAUCCUCAACACGUUGAGGGCGAGAUGACAGUUGGCACGAAGCAGAGGUCGACUUUGGGAGAGCCGGAAUUUAAUACGCUGGAUGAGCCCAUCAGAGAUACAAUUUUGAGGGACGUUCGAACGGUAGGCAAAAAGUUUUUCCAUGUUUUAUAUCCUAAAGAGAAGAAAAGUCUACUGAAAGAAUGGGAUCUAUGGGGACCAUUAAUAUUGUGUACUUUUAUGGCAAUGAUAUUACAAGGUUCCACUGAUGUAGCAGAUAACUCAAACGAUGGAGGACCCGAAUUUGCGGAAGUAUUUGUUAUCGUGUGGAUUGGAUCUAUGGUUGUUACAUUGAAUUCGAAACUAUUAGGUGGAAAUAUAUCUUUUUUCCAAAGCGUUUGUGUCCUGGGAUAUUGUCUAUUACCGACUGCCAUCGCACUAAUUUUAUGCAGAAUUAUACUGCUGAUGCAGCAAAGCAAUCUCCUAUUUACCCUCAGGUUCGUGAUCAGCAUGAUUGGAUUCUUAUGGGCAACGUAUGCAUCGAUGGCAUUCCUCGGCGACAGUCAGCCCGCAGGCAGAAAAGCGCUAGCGGUAUAUCCAAUUUUCCUGUUCUACUUCGUCAUAUCGUGGCUAGUUAUAUCCCACACCACAUAAAAUGCGGACACAAAUAUUAAUUUGCUACAAGACUGCACAUUGCUCCGGCCUUCUGUGUAAAUGCCAGGAGACGAAAGGGAAAAAAGAAACGAACGGAAGGAGACGCAACGUUUUUCGUACGUGGUAUUUUCCAAGUUCUGCAUUUGGACAUAUUCCGAAUAUCGUGCUUUUUUGUGAAUAAUACACGAGUAUAUAAGUAGGCAAGUAUUUAUUAUCUUAGAUUGUCAUUCGAUACGUCAAUUAUCAGACUUGUAAUUAUAUUUAAUCUCGCUAAAUACACGCUACAAUUGAGACAGAUUUAUUGCCGAUACAAAAAUAUAUUCUCUCUCCACGAAUGAGAAAAUUGUCAAAUUGGUAUAUAUUUGUACAGACUUGAGAUAAGAAAAAAAGAGAAACGAAAUAAUACGAGCGAUAAUUGCUUGUCGUUGAUUCUAGACUGCUGCGUCCGGAUAUCUCUUCCAUAAAUUUUUUAACGAUCGUUACUUUUUUUUUACCAGAUUCCGAUUUUAUUAAUUGUAACGUUAAAUUUUUAAACGGUGCAGAAAUCUGAAGUAUGAUUUGUACCUUUUUGUAUAUUAUGUACAUAGAAUUACGUUUAAACUAUAUGUUACAAAUAAAAUAAUAUAGAAAUCAAACAAUA